CACACACAUUGGCGAGGACACAUUCUUUUCCUAUGAGAUUUGUUAUAAAAGUCAAGUUGGAUUUAGGUAAGAAGUGCAAAAAGGGCAUUUCUGGUGCAGACGGACAAUAACUGACGUUCACGCUCUUGACGCGAACACACCAUGCACUGUGUCAGCAGAGGAGGCUGCUACCUGGUGAAUUCCCACUGUGAUAUUCACGAGGACAACCAGUGGAGCAAGGAGAGCCUCCAAGUAUGUUGGCUGAGCCUGAUCAUUGAAACAAGACCACAAUACAAGCUGAAACUGUCAGAGACAGAUAAAGUCCGCAGAGAGAGUUAUAAGCUCCAACAGGUGGUGCACUUCAUGGUCGAGAGGGGCCCCAGUCAGACAGUGAUGGUGGGCACUCUCAACGGAGCUACGAAAGAGCACCACCUACCUGUCCUCCACACCGGCAGGGACCCAGGCCCUGCCAGAGCCAACUCUGGGUGCACAGUGGAACAGCCAGCCACACAAGAGCAGAUGAAUGAUGAGGUGAAUAAGCAGGAAGUGACUGACACAACUCAGGACCUCAGAAAGCCAAUCAGAGUGAACUUCAGAGCUUCCAGCCUGAUGUCCUCUCCAAGAGAAAACUCUCAUCGGGCGCAGAGGAGAGAGUGAAACAAGGAGGUGCAGCUGAAGGAACAUCAGAAACUGCAGCACAGAAAAUACAACAUAACAUUUGCUCUUGUUUACAUGCUGGUAUCUGUACGUUAACAUUUGCUUUAAAGUUGCAUGAAAUAUCUACACUAUGAGUUAAAAUAAAACACCUAAUGAAAUGAGCCACUUUUACAAAACUUCUGCACAACACAUCUUCUAACUUAGUAUUUCAGUAUCAUCCAAAUAAGAGUCUUACAAAAAAUGUUUUUGACUUUUAGAAGUUAUUAUGUUAGUGAAUUGCUUGAUUUAAUUUGUCAUAAUUAAAACACUAAAAAGCUGUGAAAUAUGUUGUAUUGUGGGAAUAACACAUUCUGAAGUUAUUCUUUUAAGAUAACUGUUAUGCCCCAGAAAACUAUAUAUUUUUAUUAUUAUCAGUGAUUUCCAUAUAGAGCUCCAUGAAAAUGUACGUAGAAAUUAUUUGCACUUACUUGUUGAUAUUAACAUCAAUAAAAUUGUCACAUUAGAGAAAAAACAAUUAAUAAAUGUGGAUACAUAAUCUUUAAUCGUUUGUGAUAGGAAUAUAAAUGAGUAUUAAUGUGUCAGUUAUUUCUCUGUAUUCCUGUUGCACAGUUUAUAAAAUGCAGAAUUAGUUUCCAUGUCACUACUGUGCCAUUCUCAAGAGAACAAAUGCAAAGACAGCACCUCCUUGUGGUAAAAUAAAAACAUUGUAAAGAGACCCCCACAAAAGAUGCUUUUAUACUCGAAAUACAACAGU